ACUCCGAGGGCGUGGUCUUGCUAGACACGUCGGGAGGACUGGAAAAGCUGGCGCUGGAGUUCGACCUGGAGUAGCGGCGAGGGCGCUCGGAUUCCCGGCCGGCGAGGUGGCCGUGGCCCUGGGGACGCGGACGCCAGGAAUGUUGUCUCUGGAAGAACCAGCCAUGUCAGGAUGAAAGAGUGCCGAGGGCAGGCGGCUCUCCAGCAAUCCUUCAGAAGCCAUAACACAGUGGCUGCAGGGACCUUCCCUGUGUCACGCUAUGGUGAGAAAUGUUCCGCAAAGGCAAAAAGCGGCACAGUAGUAGCAGUUCCCAGAGCAGCGAAAUCAGCACAAAAAGCAAGUCUGUAGAUUCCAGCCUUGGGGGUCUCUCGCGCUCCAGCACUGUGGCCAGCCUCGACACGGACUCCACCAAGAGCUCAGGACAAAGCAACAAUAAUUCUGACACCUGUGCAGAAUUUCGAAUAAAGUAUGUUGGUGCCAUCGAGAAGCUGAAGCUUUCUGAGGGAAAAAGUCUUGAAGGACCACUUGACCUGAUAAAUUAUAUAGAUGUUGCCCAGCAAGAUGGAAAGCUGCCUUUUGUCCCACUGGAGGAAGAAUAUGUUAUGGGUGUGUCCAAGUAUGGCAUCAAAGUGUCCACGUCGGACCAGUAUGAUGUGCUGCACCGGCACGCUCUGUACCUGAUCAUGCGCAUGGUAUGCUACGAUGAUGGCCUGGGCGCAGGCAAGAGCUUGCUGGCUCUCAAGACUACAGAUGCCAGCAAUGAGGAGUACAGCCUGUGGGUUUACCAGUGCAGCAGCCUGGAGCAAGCACAAGCCAUCUGCAAGGUUUUAUCCAGUGCGUUUGACUCUGUGUUGACCUCGGAGAAGUCCUGAACUCUAGCCCGGCAAGAGCCAGCCUCAUCUGAAUGUCCAGCUGCUUUCAAAAUUGUUGUGUUUUCCAUCUGUGAUGCUGAACUCUUAGGGAAACAGGAAGGGAAGUGCUGGCCCAGUUCUCCAAAGGAAGUGCAAUGUAUAAUAUACCAGUCAUUUUUUAAAAUCACAUUAAAAUAUACAAUGAGUUAAUGCUCAGUGGACUGUUUUCUGGGAUAAAAGGAAACCUUCAUUUGAGAAUGUAAUUAAGUGCCCCAGAAGUUCACUGUAAUCACACCUUGGACCACAGUGAAGCCUGCCCUUGCCAGUGUGGCCUCCCAGGGACAAGAUGUCACUGCCCGAAGGUGGAGGUGGGGCAGUGACAGCAUCUUAAGUCACGUAAAGAAAGUUUUCAGAUGCACACUGUCAGGUCACAUUAAACCUCAGUGUUAAAAAGAAUCUCAGAAUACCACUUGCUUGUGCUAAAAGUAGCAUUUACAGGAUCUAAAUGUACAAGUGUACAAGACAGUGUACAAGUGUACUUUUUUUUUUUUUGUAUCUAGGACAGGGUGUACAAAGUCCCACUGUGGAGAUCGGACUCUUAGU